AUGGGAUGGUGGGUCGUUUCGUUUCCUCGAAUGCGGCUGAGAAGCUUGAAACGCGCAAUGGGUGCUGAUCAAUACGCAGAUUCUGCGACACCGACACAAACACAGGCCCUCUGCGGCGCUCUAUCAGGCGAAAGAUUUCCACAGACGCUCCACGCCAUGUUCUUUUGCGGAGGCCCUGCAGUUCAACGGACCCGUAAGAGAAGGCUGCCCCUGAGAGUACUUUCCGCUCUACUCCGCUUCGGGCAACGUGAGGAAACGCGCCAUGGCGGCCACCACGCUCUGCCGUCCAGUGGAUGUGCAGCCUUGCUGUGCGACGAGUCGACGACAAGCUCCUCCUUUUGUUGGCGCCCGCGAUACGCAAGGCAAGCAAUACUCCCCGUGCUUACUCGCACCACCGCAGAGCCUCGACUCAGUUGUGCCCGCGAGUGCAGCGCCGCACCUCGGAUGGUAGUUCAUUUCUGCAACACGAGAAACCAAAGCAGCCAUUCACAAUCAACCUUCCGAUCCGAGCCUAGCAUCAGGCACGCACGGCCGCUGAAUGGCCCAGCGCCCGGUAGGAUCGCUUGGUUCCUGCAUUAG